AUGAUGAUCUCCAAACAGGCGUACACGUUAUCAGUCCUGGCUACUCAAUAUGCGUUUCCAUUAUUCUCUUUGGUGUUUGCAUAUACGCGAAUUGCUCAUCGUAUGAAGUUGCGAUUCGCCAAUCGAAAUAUGCCAUUUCCGAAUACGCUAAGUCAAAAUCAAAGAAGAAGAUCAGUAGUGGAACGGCAACGUCGUACUCAUUUGCUACUCAUGUGUGUCGUUGCCGUGUUCGCAAUUGCGUGGCUGCCACUGAAUGUUUUCCACAUGUGGGUGUCACUCUUCUCCGUGUCAACGUUCGCCGUCUGCCAUGUAGCAGCGAUAUGUGCUCUGCAUGUCUUAACCCCCUUAUCUACGCCUUUUUUAACCAUAAUUUCCGAACGGAAUUCAUCGCCCUUUUCGAAAAAUUGGGCCUUCGGAAACUUCGUGGUGUCGUGUUCAGUUGGGACGAAGACCGUGAACGAAAGAAGAGUAUGGAACGUGAAAACAAGAAUCGAACUAAUAACGGUGGUAAUCACACGCAUCUAA